AUGAAUCUGGUGGAUGCUGGUGCACCAGCAGACGCACUCAAAAGACCCAGAAAUGUUCAAAGUGGAGCCGAUAGGAACGUGAAAAGGAAUGGCGAGCACAGCGACCGCCGGGAGGGGAGAAACGGAGGGGGGAUCCUCCUGGAUCUCCGAGAGGGAACGAAAACUCGGAGUCAGGGUGGGACUGCCGAGCGGAACAGUCUCUCCUUCGUCGAUCGUCCAACACACAUCACAAUGGCGGAUAAAGAUAAGAAGGUAAAGAAGAAGAAGGCAAAGGAAGAUGCACCAGCAGAAGAGGCGCCAGCUCCAGCUGCGCCCGCCGCCACUGGUGGCAGCGACAGGCAGUCGUCGCGUGGCAGCCGCAAGGCCAAGCGCACCGGCUCCAAUGUCUUCUCCAUGUUCUCACAGAAGCAGGUCGCUGAGUUCAAGGAGGCCUUCCAGCUAAUGGACCACGACAAGGAUGGCAUCAUCGGCAAGAACGACUUGCGCGCCACCUUCGACUCGCUCGGCAGGCUGGCGUCAGAGAAGGAGCUUGACGAGAUGGUUGGUGAGGCAUCCGGCCCCAUCAACUUCACCCAGCUCCUGACCCUCUUCGCGAACCGCAUGUCCGGCGGCUCCGACGAGGAUGACGUCGUCAUCAACGCCUUCAAGACCUUCGACGACGAGGGCAAGAUCGACUCCGAAAGGCUCAGGCACGCCCUCAUGACCUGGGGUGACAAGUUCUCCGCCGACGAAGUCGACGAAGCGUACGACCAGAUGGACAUUGACGACAAAGGCUUCAUUGACACCGUGAAGCUGAUCUCCAUGCUCACCGCCAGCGCGGAGGAGGAGGAGGGCGGCGAGGCCGCGUAAAUAUUCCAUCAAAUACCAUCGAAACAUCGAAACAAGAGGUGUUGAGACGCAGCGCACAGCAGCACACCGCCCGGCCGCCGCACGGUUCUGACUCAUCGGAUUAAAGAGCACGAUGUGAACCGACAACAUUUUUUAUUUAAUUUCUUUAUGUAAUUAAUUUAUUGUUUCCAUUUUUUUAAUUUAUAUAUAAUGAAAAUAUAGUUCUACUAUUACCAAAGUAUUGUGUAGUACUGUCCCCGUACUAUGUGCGACCAGCUGCAGAAUCAUAUUUAUAAUUUUAUAAGAAUACUAUGUAUUCAUAAUCUGUUUCAAAUAAAUGAUCUAUUAAGUCUGAAC